GGGCCGCCGCCGCCGGAGCACGGGGCGCAGCUCGUGCCUCGCAAUCCUGCAGCAGUAGGGACACUGGUUAUGUGGGAGACCCCGUCCAGUGGGCCAUGCUAGCCUCCCACAGGCAUCCAUGGCCUGGCUGUUUCCUUCUACCUUGGCAAAGCUGAUCCUGCCAAGAGAGCCUCAGUCAACUGAGCCUUUGGGGCUGUACAGCAGGCAGCCCAGCAGGGCCCAGCUAGCUGAGGUUCCUAGGAUGCUGCAGCGUCAGGGCUAGCGGUGACACAGAAGAUGAGGACUGCAUAGUUGUUAAGGGCUGGAAGGGACCUUACAGAUCAUGGGGUCCAGCCCCCCUGCACUUGGGCAGAUCUACAGACGCACCAAACCACAGCCUACUGACCAGAAAUACCUGACGAUGCUGACAGCCAGAGCAAGGACACCCACCAUGGCAGCCCCACAGCUGACCGAGAGCACCAUCACAGUGGAUGGGCAGACCCUGUUCUACCGGCAGGCUGUGCCAGGCCAGCAGGCCCCGAAACUGUCUGUCUUGCUGCUGCAUGGCAUUCGCUUCUCUUCUGAAACCUGGCUCAACCUGCAGACACUGGCAAAGUUGGCAGGAGCUGGGUACUGUGCUGUGGCCAUCGACCUGCCAGGCCUUGGCAAUUCCAAGGAUGCAGCAGCUCCGGCUCCCGUGGGGCAGCCGGCCCCAGGGGGGUUCCUGAAGUCUGUCUUCGAGGCCUUGCAUCUGGGCCCAGCGGUGGUGAUCAGCCCAUCCCUCAGCGGGAUGUACUCGCUCCCCUUCCUCUUCCAGCACAGCGACCUGCUGAAGGCCUACGUGCCGGUGGCACCCAUUUGCACUGAGAAGUUCACAGCGGCGCAGUAUGCCAGCAUCAAAACUCCCACGCUGAUCGUGUAUGGGGACCAGGAUGCCCAGCUGGGGGAAGUGAGUCUGAACAACCUGAAGAACCUGCCCAAUCACAAGGUGCUGCUGAUGCAAGGGGCAGGCCAUGCCUGCUACCUGGACAAGCCAGAGGAGUGGCACCAGGGCCUGCUGGACUUCCUGAGGAGCCUGGAGUGAGGGGUGGCCAUCCCCCUCCAUCACUAGGGUUUGGGGCAUGGAUUCUGGGCACAAUCUGGGUUUCUCUCUGCCACUAGAGCACCUACUUGAUCAUUAUCUCACCGCGGGCUGGCUGAGGGCCAUGGCACAGUGAGGGCAACCAGGGGCCCUACUGAGAGCCAGGGGCUCCAUCUACUUCUUUCUCUUUAAAAUGAUUAGCAGCUGGCUGUCUGUAGGAGCUGAUUGGGUGAGGGCCAGGCAGGCUGGCUUUCCAGCCAUGUCCCUCUGUCCUUAGCUGGAGGUCCUUGGGCCCAGCACCCACUGCUGUGGCUCCGGUACCCUUGCCAGUCAACCUGGGGUGCUGGGACUGAGGUGACCCAGGGGAGCUCAGGGAUCCAUUUGUGGCUGGCUCCUAGCCUGUGGGCAGGGGGCAGGCUGAAUGAACUGUGGGUGGGGGGAAGUGAGGAGCCUUUUUCAUCCAGGUCAGGGGAAAAGGAGCUCCCUCUGCCCUGUGCUUCCUCCCUCCCCCACACUAUCCCCUGCCCUCAGGUAGUGGUCUGCAAGGCAAGGGGAGCAGGCUGGAAACCCUAGGGCAGGCUCACAGGUUCGUAGCAGGGCACAUGGACCUCCCUCCCAGAGCGUUCACAAUCCAAUAAAGACUGUGCUUGGGGCCUCUC